CGGGAUUCGAACUGGAGUUCACCAACGCCCCUUGAUCUGAACAAGACAGAAAAAAGCUGGAAGAAAAAAGGCCAGGAGAGAACACUCAAAAUGACACAGAGAAAUACAAAAACUGAAACAUUUGCUCGGGAAACAAACAAAAAAAACAGACAAACUACGCAAAAGACUCAAAAGACGCUGUGCGGUCUCAGAGUCCCCGGCAUCAAAAACAAGGCGACUGCUACACAAUGUCCCUGUUUCUGGCGAAGUGCGGAGAUCAUUGCUUGUUCAUCAUGCCCUCAUGGCCAACAUCAAGGACGCCUUUGCCACCACCAAAAGGAGAACACACAGGCAGGCAAUGUCACAAAUUCUAACUGGGAGGAUCCUUAAAAAGUAUGGAUUACAAAAAGAAGUUCGUACAGCACUUCACAUCUCCAGAAAGAGGAAGAAGAAUCCUGCUCAAGGCAAUAUAAAGUACAGAAGCCUAUGCUUCCGAAUUCAAGACAGCGUCAUUGCUUACCUGACGAGGGAUGAAAGCAGCCGAUUGACAGCAGGCAAAGUACAAACAAUCACCAGGCGGAAGAUAAAGAAACAGAAGAGGUUUUUAAAUGAUACCCUGAGAAACCUCCACAGGAAAUUUCUCACUGAACAUCCUAAUUACAAUCUCUCUUACUCCUUGUUCUGUCGUAUGCGUCCCUUCUGGGUAGUUAACCCAACACUUGCAGACAGACAAACCUGUCUUUGCAAGGUUCAUGAGAAUCUUUCCUUUCUGGCUGAAAAGCUUCACACUCUCAAGUUAAUUAGGAGCGUGGACAUGGAAGACCUGACAUCAUCAAUAAGCUGCAAUCCAAAUUCAAAGGACUGCAUGUACAACGAGUGUCCCCACUGCAAAGGACAGGAGUUUGCCAUAGCAGCAGAAGUUAACCUUCAGGCAAAUGUCGAACUCACUCAGUGGUCAACUGAAACAGUCAUCAGAGAAAAGAAAAACAAAGAUGGUAAAAAGGACAAGGUCCCCAUGAAAAUCACUGUGAAGAAGAAAAAGGACAUAGUGUUGGCGGAUCUGCUGGAGAUGUUUCAAGGCCAAUUGAGACAUUUCAAACGGCAUAUAUUUAACAUUAAAAGCCAGUUCACCCACUACCGUGAAUUAAGAAAAAGCAUGACCAACCAAGAAUGCUUGAUUCAUGUGGAUUUUUCAGAGAACUACUCAUGUAAGCUUGCAGCAGAAAUCCAGGCAAUGCACUUUGCCCCAAACCAGAAGCAAGCAACGCUCCACACAGGAAUUCUUCAUGUUGGUGGGACAGCAGAGCACAUGUGCUUUGGCACAAUUUCGGCAUCAAAGGAGAAAGGCCCACCUGCCAUUUGGGCACAUUUGUCCCCCAUCCUGGAUGAAGUGAAGGCCUCGUAUCCUUCUGUCGAGGUGGUGCAUUUCUUCAGUGACGGUCCAUGCACGCAAUACAGACAGAAGGGAAACUUCUUCCUCUUUAGCACAGAGCUGAUGAACCGUGGCUUCAAAAGGGGGACAUGGAACUUUUUUGAAGCAAGCCAUGGGAAGGGUGCUCCAGAUGGAGUGGGAGGCCUCCUGAAGCAAACGGCUGACAGGCUUGUUAGCCAAGGUCAUGACAUCCCUUCAGCAGAACAUCUCUACAGUGCUUUGGUCAACAGCGGAACAGUUAGGAUGUUCUACAUCAGAGAGAAUCUUGUGGAUGAAGCAAUUAACAAGAUGCCAAGUCAUCUGCCAGCAGUGCCCUCAACUAUGCGUAUCCACCAGGUGGUCACAGGGGCACCAGGAGAGAUCUUGUAUUGAGAUGUAAGUUGCCCUUGCACCGCCAGACAAAGUUAUGAGUGUCGCUGUGAUGACACUCAUACUUUUAGUUUUGAGGUUCAGCAAACGACCCCUUCGCUGCCUCAAGCACCUAAAGGCAACAGCAAAGAGAAUGAAAGGCUGUGGGGUCCUGAUUCAAUUGGCCAGUGGUGUGCCCUUAAAUAUGAUGAAGACAUUUACCCAGGAGUCAUUCAGGAGGUCAUGGACACACAUGUGCAGGUAAAGUGCAUGCACGUUGCCGGAGUCAACCGGUUCUUCUGGCCACUGAGAGAGGAUGUGCUUUUGUACCCUUUUGAGGACAUUUUGAGAGUGAUUCC